GUUAUUCUAACGUCGCAGAAAGCGUCUUCUCUAUGAUUUUUCUUUCCGCUCCUCCCCCUCCCUCGAUUUCUUUUCCUUCACCGAGACUGGAAAUGGCCGCCGAGUGGUGAGAGCUGAACGGGAGGUGUCGCCCAGAGAGGGUAUAAGCUGUUGUGGAAAAUAUGGGUCGCUCUAACACUAGAUCCCAUUCUUCAAGAUCAAAGACUAGAUCUCAGUCCAGUUCAAGAUCCAGAUCCAGAUCGCAUUCUAGAAAAAAGCGAUACAGUUCUAGGUCUCGGUCUAGAACGUACUCACGGUCUCGCAGUAGAGAUCGCGUUUAUAAUAGAGAUUACCGCAGGGAUUACAGAAAUAAUAGAGGAAUGAGACGUCCUUAUGGCUAUAGAGGAAGAGGUAGAGGAUAUUAUCCAGGAGGUGGAGGCAGAUACCACCGUGGAGGUUACAGGCCUGUCUGGAAUAGAAGGCAUUCUCGAAGCCCAAGACGAGGCCGCUCACGUUCCAGGAGCCCAAAAAGGCGUUCAGUCUCUUCUCAAAGAUCUCGGAGCAGAUCUCGUAGAUCCUACAGAUCUUCUAGAUCUCCAAGAUCCUCUUCAUCUCGGUCUUCAUCUCCAUAUAGCAAAUCUCCAGUCUCUUCCAAAAAACGUGGUUCAUCAGAAAAGCAGCCGAAGAAAACUGAGUCAACUGCUUUGCAGGACAGCCCAUUAAAAAGUAAAUCACAAGAGGAAGAGAAAAGUACAUUUGAACAUGACCCUUCUGAGACUUUAGAUGAUUUUAAUAAAUCAGCAGCAGCUUCAGCUGAUAUUUGGCCUGGUCUUUCUGCGUAUGAUAACAGUCCACGGUCGCCUCAUAGCCCUUCUAUUGCCUCUCCACCUAGUCAGAGUUCUUCAUGCUCUGAUGCUCACUUGCUCAGCACAGUCCACUCAGCAAAAGGCACACCUCAGCAUUCACAUUCCAUUCAGCAUAGCCCUGAAAGAUCUGGGUCUGGUUCCCUUGGAAAUGGUUCCAGUCGCUAUAGCCCUUCUCAGAAUAGCCCAUUACAUCACAUUCCUUCAAGAAGAAGCCCUGCAAAAGCAGUUGCAUCACAGAAUGCUGCACGUGAGGAGACCCGCAUGCGUUCCUUUUAUCCAGAGGCUGGGGAACAGGAAAGUGCAAAAGGAGGAAAGUUUCUGAAGAGGUAUACAGAUGAAGAAUCUAGGGUAUACCUGCUUGAUAGGAGUAACACUAGAGAAAAAGAUGCUCAGAAAGAUAGAGGAUCAGAAAAGGGGAGGACAGAGGGAGAGAGAGAGUGGGAAGACCAGGAAGCUUUGGAAUAUUAUAUGGAUAAAGAGUCUGGAAAACAAAAAUUUAAUGAUUCAGAAGGGGAAGACACAGAAGAAACUGAAGAUUAUAGACAGUUCAGAAAGUCUGUUCUGGCAGAUCAGGGUAAGAGCUUUGCUGCAUCUCACCGGAAUGUUGAGGAGGAAGGCUCCAAGUACAAAUCUAAAAUCUCUAUGAAGGCAAAUAGAGAAGGUGAGGGAUUUAGAGAAGAUAAGGGUUAUAAACUUAAAGAGACAACUAGCUACAUAGUUGAAAGACCUAGUCUAGUAAAAGAUAAGCACAAGGAAGACGAGAAAAUCUCUGAAAGAAUGUUGAAGAAAGAGAUGCAAUCACCUGAACAGGUAAAGUCUGAAAAGCUCAAAGAACUCUUUGAUUAUAGUCCUCCUCUACACAAGAAUCUGGAUAUGAGAGAGAAAUCUAUCUUCAGAGAGGAGAGCCCACUUAGGAUCAAAAUGAUAGCCAGUGACUCUCAUCGACCUGAAGUUAAGCUUAAAAUGGCACCUGUGCCACUUGAUGAUUCAAACAGACCUGCUUCCUUGACUAAAGACAGGCUGCUUGCUAGUACACUUGUCCAUUCAGUCAAGAAGGAGCAAGAGUUCCGAUCCAUCUUUGACCACAUAAAGCUACCACAAGCCAGCAAAAGCACAUCAGAGUCAUUUAUUCAGCACAUUGUAUCCUUAGUUCAUCAUGUAAAAGAACAAUAUUUCAAAUCAGCUGGAAUGACCCUAAGUGAGAGGUUCACUGCUUAUCAGAAGGCUACUGAAGAACAUAGCACCCGGCAAAAGAGUCCUGAAAUACACAGGAGGAUUGACAUCUCUCCCAGUGCCCUGAGGAAGCAUACCCGUUUAUCAGGAGAAGAGAGAGCCUUUAAAGAAGAAGCUCAGAAAGGGGAUAAAAAAUUAAAGUGUGAUUCUGCUGAUCUUCGACAUAACAUCGAUCGUCGUAGAAAAGAGCGAAGUAAAGAACGAGGAGAUUCUAAAGGUUCCAGGGAAUCCAGUGGGUCAAGAAAGCAAGAGAAAAUUCCAAAAGAUUACAAGGAUUAUAAAACUUUCAAAGAUGAUAGUAAACAAAAAAGAGAACAAGACCAUUCUCGAUCUUCCUCAACUUCCUCCCCAUCUUCCUCCUCAUCCAGUUCCCGAGAAGAAAAGGACUGCAAGAAAGAAAGAGAAGAAGAACUUAAACCCCAUCAUGAGCAGAAAGAAUAUCCAGGUUUUACAGGAGUUGGAAGACCCAGAGGCACAUUUUUUCGAAUUAGGGGCAGAGGAAGAGCCAGAGGCGUGUUUGCUGGAACAAAUACUGGUCCUAGCAAUUCAAACACUACUUUUCAAAAGAGACCAAAAGAGGAAGAAUGGGAUCCUGAAUAUACUCCAAAAAGCAAGAAAUACUUCUUGCAUGAUGACAGAGAUGAUGGUGUUGAUUACUGGGCUAAAAGAGGAAGAGGCCGUGGCACUUUCCAGCGUGGCAGAGGAAGAUUCAACUUCAAAAAAUCAGGUAGCAGUCCAAAAUGGACACAUGAUAAAUACCAAGGGGAUGGGCUUGUAGAAGAUGAAGAAGAAACAAUGGAAAAUGAAGACAAGGAGAGACGUAAAGAAGAAAAGGAAUAAAAACUGAAGACCAGUUCCAGCUGAAAAAAUUAUUUGCUAUCUACGCAGCAUUUUUAAUAUGACUUGUCGUCAAAUGAAUGUAAGCAUUUUACUUAAAUUUUACUGUUGGAGAGUAGUUUAGUUUUGGUUUUGUUUCUGUUUUAAUUCUUUUGUAAUCUCACUAGUAAUUGUUGAAGAUUAUACAAAGCAAGUAGUAAACGUAUGAUACUAUUUGUCAUGAUCGACUUUUUAAAAUGUUUACUGUUAUACACAGUGUAACUUUGCUUUGUCCAAAAGAUAUGGUUUAAAAAAAAGCUGUACUUCAUUACCCCCUCCACAGCUAUGUUUCAUUAUGAAAUAAAACUUAGGUCUGCAUAUUUAGAUAUUGAGGCAGCAUUUUAAAAUAAAUCUGUACUAAAUCUUGGA